AUGGAAGUCGGGCAGUCUGGCGGUAUACAGACGGGGCUGUUGCAGCAUAUGAGUGAAAAGGAGAAGAAGGGGCCCUUUGAGGAUCCGGCGCUGGGACCGCAAUUUAAGAGUCCACAGCAGGGGGCUGCGACCACGGUUUGGGGUGCUGUGUCGAGGGCCCUUGAGGGGCUUGGUGGCGUUUAUUUGGAGGUUGUGCAGAUUGCGAAGGCGUGGGAUGAGGAGGAGGGGCAGUGGGCGCCGGGUUAUCACAAAUACUUACUCGAAUACGUUCUAAACCCCAAGAAAGCAUCAUCUAGAAGACUCCGCACAAUGGCAAUCGACACCCCCUACGAAACGCUCACGCCGUCCUUCGACUUCCCAACGGAGGACCAACAACUAUGGUGGCACCACAUUGCCCCAGUAUUUAUCAAAAGCAUGACCGACGCGAAUUACACCUCGGACGCGCAGCACAAACAGCUCACCUUCUUCUACCGCUGCGUCCUCCCACACCUCGGCCAAUUCCCCGUCAACAGUGGCAACAAACCCAGCAACCAGGCAUACAAGAGUAACCUCGGCCCCUACGGCCUCCCCUUCGAGUUCAGCCUGAACUUCCCGGAUCCGAUCGUCCGAUACUCCUACGAGCCGAUCGGGCCUCGAGCUGGCACGAUGGAUGACCCCUUCAACGUCGAGCAGAUCUGGCCUGCGCUCAAGGCGCUGCUGAGCUUCGAUGAGAGUGUCGACGCGACGUUAUUCCAUGAACUUGUGGACCUGCUACUCCUAUCGAAAGACGACGCGAAGACUCUUACUUCGCAGCCCGGGUUUACACCGGGGGGUCCCGCAAGAGGGCAGUGUCAGUUCGGCGUUGAUAUGCAGGGCGACCAACCCAUGUUGAAGGGGUACUUCUUCACAGCGAUGAAGUCGCUAGCCACGGGGAUCCGAGCCGACAAGUUAAUCUGCGACGCUAUCCGUGCAGUCGACCGCGGGGGUCAGCGGUCCGCCCCCUUGGCCGAGCUGGAGAGUUACCUCCAGGCCCGUGCUGCAGAGCCCGAAUCGACGUUCUUUACGGCAUACCUGGGCUGCGACAUCGUGCCCCCGGAACAGGCCCGGUUGAAGGUAUACGGGGUCGACCGGGAAGUCACAUUCGAGCGGCUUAUUGACCUCUGGACGUUGGGCGGGCGCCUCCCGAACGACGUGGGUGGGCAAGCAGAGGGGCUCCGGGCGCUCCGUGAAAUGUGGGAUCUGCUGCAGAUUCCAUCCGGGAUUCGGGAUAUGAAGGUCGACCAUUUGACACUCGGGGAGCCGCCGAAGUCGCUGCUGCCGUUUAUCGUGAAUUAUACCCUGCUUCCCGGGAGUCUCCAUCCCGUGCCACAGCUCUAUCUGGUGCCAUUUGGCUUGCCGGACGUGCAUAUUGCCGCUGCGCUUACGCGCUUCUUUGAGCGGAUGGGCUGGGACCAGAUUGCGAAGACGUAUAAGCAGAACAUUGUCUCUUACUAG